AUGGCCCAGGCGAAAAUGCAGCACCCCGUCUCUUGGGUGAUCUUCGCCGGGAUGGCCGCACUCCUCCUCUCCCAAGGAGUGCCCGUGCGCAGCGGAGAUGCCACCUUCCCCAAAGCUAUGGACAACGUGACUGUGCGGCAAGGGGAGAGUGCCACGCUCAGGUGCUCCGUGGACAACCGCGUCACCCGCGUGGCCUGGCUGAACCGCAGCAGCAUCCUCUAUGCCGGCAAUGACAAGUGGUGCUUGGACCCUCGGGUGGUGCUCCUGGCCAACACCAAAACCCAGUACAGCAUCCAGAUCCACGAUGUGGACGUGUACGAUGAGGGCCCCUACACCUGCUCCGUGCAGACAGACAAUCACCCCAAGACAUCGCGCGUCCACCUCAUUGUGCAAGUGUCGCCGAAAAUUACCGAGAUCUCUUCUGACAUCUCCAUCAACGAAGGUGGCAACGUCAGUCUCACCUGCAUAGCCACGGGCAGGCCAGAUCCAACAAUCACCUGGAGACACAUCUCGCCCAAAGCCGUGGGCUUCAUCAGCGAGGACGAGUACCUGGAGAUCACGGGCAUCACGCGGGAGCAGUCGGGCGAGUACGAGUGCAGCGCCUCCAACGACGUGGCAGCGCCUGUCGUCCAGCGAGUCAAAGUCACCGUCAACUACCCGCCGUACAUCUCGGACGCGAAGAGCACCGGGGUGCCGGUGGGGCAGAAGGGCAUCCUGCUGUGCGAGGCCUCCGCCGUCCCCUCUGCCAACUUCCAGUGGUACAAAGACGACAAGCGGCUGGCCGAAGGCCAGAAAGGGCUGAAAGUGGAAAACAAAGCCUUCUUCUCCCGGCUGACCUUCUUCAACGUCUCCGAGCAGGACUACGGCAACUACACCUGCGUAGCCUCCAACCAGCUAGGGAACACCAACGCCAGCAUGAUCCUCUACGAAGAGACAACAACCGCUCUGACACCCUGGAAAGGCCCCGGUGCAGUGCACGACGGCAACAACGGUGCGUGGCGGCGAGGCGGCUGCGCCUGGCUGCUCGCCCUGCCGCUCGCCCAGCUCGCCCGCCUGUUUUGA